AUGUCAACGGAGCAAGCGAUUGGAAAAGUUACAUUCAAGAUAACAUUGACAAGCGAUCCGAAGCUACCAUUUAAGGUACUUAGCGUGCCAGAAUCAACACCUUUCACUGCAGUUUUGAAAUUUGCGGCCGAAGAAUUCAAAGUACCAGCUGCAACAAGUGCUAUCAUAACGAAUGAUGGGGUGGGUAUAAAUCCAGCACAGUCAGCUGGUAACAUAUUUUUGAAACAUGGAAGUGAACUAAGGUUGAUACCAAGGGAUCGAGUAGGUUCCAUAUGA